CAGAACAUCAGGUUUAUGUGGUACUUAUAAUGAAAUGAAAUAUGAUGAUUUCUGGACGUCUUAUGGAACAAUCGUAACUGACCCAGUAGAGUUUGGAAAUUCUUGGAAAGUCGAUCCUACAUGUGAAAAUGCAACUGCAGUAGACCACCCAUGUGACGCCAAUCCAGAGAGAAGAUUGAUAGCACGAGAGAAUUGUUCAACAUUACUUAAACCACCCUUCAGUAAUUGCUCCAGUUAUAUCAAUGCAACUGAAGAAGGAUAUAUUGCAGGUUGUGAAUAUGAUAUGUGUGCUUGUGAAGAUGAUCCUGUUGUUUGUUAUUGUCAAGCUCUUGAAGCUUACGCUGAUGAUUGCUCUUCCAACAUCGAAAUUGAUUGGAUGAAUUUAGAUGAAUUCGCCAUUUGCAGUACCCCGUGUGCAAGCGCGCCAUGUUAUAAUGGAGGAAGCUGUACAAACGUUGGUCACAAUUCAUUUGAGUGUAGAUGUCCUGCUGGAUUUCUGGGAGAUAGAUGUGAAAUGAAAGAUCUUUGCCAAAUACCAUAUUUAUUCUUGUCAACAUCAUUGGGAACGGUGUCUUAUAAAACAGAAAACUUCACAAGUAUCCCAAUGAAGGUUGACGAUAGAGUUGGCGCCUUAUUGUCAUAUGAUGCUAUCAACAAACGGUUAUAUCUCUAUGUUGUUGGUGAAGGAAUCACAAGUUAUUAUUUAGAUGGUUCUGAUGAGAUGACAACAAACAUCGGAAAUGUAGACUUUUUCACCGUCGAUGGAAGAAACAAUUUGAUAUAUUACUACCAUAAAUUGCAUAGUAGAAUAUAUGUGUACAAUAUUACUAGUGGCCAAUCGCAAGGGACUGAAGUUGAUGCUCUCUCAGAUAUAUCUAGUGUAAAAGAUCUGGAAAUGGACAUGAUAAAUGGUUACCUCUACAUAGCAAGAGCAGGUGAUCCUCCAAUCGUACGUUAUAACCCAGCAGAUAAAACAAUAAUGGAGUUCAAUUUUGAUGGCUCAGCUCAGUCAAUUUCUGUGGAUGUGUACAAUAACGUCAUUUACUGGGCAAACUAUGAUGGAAUCAAUCACAAUGUUAUGAAAACUAGUCUCAAUAAGCAAACAAUUGGUUUAAACAUUAGUUAUCCUGGGGGGGUUGACUUGACGUCUGAUGUUCUAAAUUUGUAUGUCUUGGACACCAGCAACAACCGUGUUGAUAAGUACUUGAAGACAUCGUCAGAAAAACAAGGAAAUUUUACCUACCAUGUUACGAUAAAUGACUUGAUAAUUGCAUAUGACCAUGAUGAAUGUUGUGCUGGAACCUUCUGUCACGUGAACUCUUCGUGUGCAAAUUCUCUGGGAAGUUUCAACUGCUCCUGCAACGAGGGAUUUGCUGGAAAUGGCACUUAUUGUGAAGACGUCAACGAAUGCCUAAUGAGUAAUUACUGCCACGAAAAUGCUACGUGCAAAAAUAAAAUUGGGUCAUUUAAAUGUGAUUGUGAUGAAGGUUUCAUAGGAGAUGGUCGUGAUUGUAAAGCUACGAACUGCAGUCUUCUUUCUUGUGGCGAAAACGAACAGUGUGUUCGGGCAGAUGAUAUCUUUAAGUGUAUUUGCAAAGACGAUUAUGAAGAACCUGAUUGCCGUUUAGUAAAAGCCACCUGCAAUGCUCGAGGUGAUCCGCACUACUCCACAUUUGAUGGAAAACUCUUUGAUUUCAUGGGAAAAUGCGAAUAUGUUCUGGCUAAGGACAGUGUGAACAACACAUUUGAAAUAAGACAAGUAAAUGAAGAAUGUGGAAAUGGUGAACCUUCCUGUACAAAAUCACUGACAGUGAUGUUCCCAAAUGUGACAAUUCAACUUCUGCGGGGAAGUGUGACAGCGAAUGGCAUGACAAUCUCAUUAUCAACAAUGUAUAUGGCCAACGGAGUGAAGAUAUCCCAACCCAGAAGUGGCAUUACGUUGGUCGAAAGCGAUUACGGUGUCGAAGUUGAGUGGAACAACGUUCAUAAUGUGAGAGUGACUGUGUUUGGUCGGUACCUGAACAGAACAUCUGGUUUAUGUGGAACAUAUAAUCGAUAUGGCGGAGAUGAUCUCUUGAUGUCAAAUGGUACAAUAGCAGACAAUGAAGUAGAAUUUGGCAAUUCUUGGAAAACUGACCCUGAUUGUGAAGAUGCAACAUUUGUUGAUCAUCCUUGUACAACAAAUCCUGACAGAAAUGCAACUGCAAGAGCCAACUGUUCAGCUCUACGCGAUUCUCCAUUUGAUAAAUGCUCAAGUUAUAUCAACCCAGACUCAGAGGGUUAUAUUAGCGAUUGUGAAUACGAUGUUUGUGCUUGUGAUGAUCAUCCAACUCUUUGUUUAUGUCAAGCAAUAGAGGCGUAUGUAGAUGACUGUGCCUCGUAUGGAGUGAAUAUUACCUGGUUGAGUUAUCCUCAAUAUCAGCAAUGUACUACUCCUUGUGCUAGUGAUCCUUGUUUCAAUGGUGGUACUUGUACAAAUAUUCAUAGUAACUUUUCGUGUUCAUGUCCUGUCGGGUUUACUGGUCACCGCUGUGAAAUGAAAGUUGAUGAUUGUGAUGAUCUAUCUUGUGGUAAAAAUGAAGUUUGUGUCAGAGUUGGAGAUACGUUUGAUUGCGUUUGUCAUCAAGAUUACACAGGAGAUGAUUGUAAAGAAAAAGUCGAAGCGACAUGUGUAACUUAUGGAGAUCCUCAUUAUAGAACGUUCGAUGGAAAACGUUUUGACUUUAUGGGUAAAUGCGAAUAUGUUCUGGCUAAAGACAGAGUAAACAACACAUUUGAAAUAAGACAAGAAAAUGAACCUUGUGGAAAUGGACUAGUAACAUGUACGAAAUCAAUAACAGUCAUCUUCCCGGGUUUAACUAUCAAACUUCAGAGAGGAAUGACUAAUGUGAAUGGUGGAGAGAUCAGCUCGUCGACAAACUACGGGGCUGUAAACGUUACAAUUCAUGGCAAUGGUAGGACCGUCGUGACAAGUGAUUAUGGUGUAACUGUGUUUUGGAACAAUGUUUAUAAUGUUCGAGUAACAAUCGGAGGUCGAUACGUGAACAGGACAUCAGGUUUAUGUGGUACUUAUAACAAAAUGAAAUAUGAUGAUUUCUGGACACCUUACGGUACCAUCGUAGGUGAUCCAGUCGAGUUUGGAAAUUCUUGGAAAGUCGAUCCUACAUGUGAAAAUGCAACUACAGUGGACCACCCAUGUGACGCCAAUUUAGAGAGAAGAUUGAUAGCACGAGAGAAUUGUUCAGCAUUACUCAAGCCACCCUUCAGUAAUUGUUCCAGUUAUAUCAAUGCAACUGAAGAAGGAUAUAUUGCAGAUUGUGAAUAUGAUAUGUGUGCUUGUGAAGAUGAUUCUGUUGCUUGUUAUUGUCAAGCGCUUCAAACGUAUGCUGAUGAUUGCUCUUCCGAUGUCAAAAUAACGUGGAUGAAUUUAGAACAAUUUGCCAUUUGCAACACGCCGUGCGCCAGUGCUCCAUGUUAUAAUGGCGGAACCUGUACAGACAUUGAUUCUUCGUCAUUUGAAUGUAGAUGUCCUGCCGGAUAUAUUGGUGCCCGAUGUGAGAACAAAGAUCUUUGCCAAAUACCAUAUUUAUUCUUGUCAACAUCAUCGGGAACGGUCUCUUAUAAUACAGAAAACUCCACAAGUAUCCCAAUGAAGGUUGACGAUAGAGUAAACGCCUUAUUGUCAUAUGAUGCUAUCAACAGACGGUUAUAUCUCUAUGAUGUUGGUGAAGGAAUCACAAGUUAUUAUUUAGAUGGUUCUGAUGAGAUGACAACAAACAUCGGAAAUGUGAAGUUAUUCACUGUCGAUGGAAGAAACAAUUUGAUGUAUUACUACCAUGAACUGCAUAGUAGAAUAUAUGUGUACAAUAUUACUAGUGGCCAAUCGCAAGGGACUGAAGUUGAUGCUCUCAAAGAUAUAUCUAGUGUAAAAGAUCUGGAAAUGGACACAACAAAUGGUUACCUCUACAUAGCAAGAGCAGGUGAUCCUCCAAUCGUACGUUAUAACCCAGGAGAUAACACAAUAAUGGAGUUCAAUUUUGAUGGUUCAGCGCAGUCAAUUUCUGUGGAUGAGUACAAUAACGUCAUUUACUGGGCAAACUAUGAUGGAAUCAAUCACAAUGUUAUGAAAACUAGUCUCAAUAAGCAAACAAUUGGUUUAAACAUUAGUUAUCCUGGGGCGGUUGAAUUGACGUCUGAUGUUCUAAAUUUGUAUGUCUUGGACACCAGCAACAACCGUAUCGAUAAGUACUUGAAGACAUCGUCCGAAAAACAAGGAAAUUUUACCUACCAUGUUACGAUAAAUGACUUGAUAAUUGCAUAUGACCAUGAUGAAUGUUGUGCUGGAACCUUCUGUCACGUGAACUCUACAUGUGCAAAUUCUCUUGGAAGUUUCAACUGCUCCUGUAAUGAGGGAUUUGCUGGAAAUGGCACUUAUUGUGAAGACGUCAACGAAUGCCUAAUGAGCAAUUACUGCCACGAAAAUGCUACGUGCAAAAAUAAAAUUGGUUCAUUUGAAUGUGAUUGUGAUGAAGGUUUCAUAGGAGAUGGUCGUGAUUGUAAAGCUACGAACUGCAGUCUUCUUUCCUGUGGCGAAAACGAACAGUGUGUUCGAGCAGAUGAUAUCUUUAAGUGUAUUUGCAAAGACGAUUAUGAAGAACCUGAUUGCCGUUUAGUAAAAGCCACCUGCAAUGCUCGAGGUGAUCCGCACUACUCCACAUUUGAUGGAAAACUCUUUGAUUUCAUGGGAAAAUGCGAAUAUGUUCUGGCUAAGGACAGUGUGAACAACACAUUUGAAAUAAGACAAGUGAAUGAAGAAUGUGGAAAUAGUGAACCUUCCUGUACAAAAUCACUGACAGUGAUGUUCCCAAAUGUGACAAUUCAACUUCUGCGGGGAAGUGUGACAGUGCAUGGCACGACAAUCUCACUAUCAACAAUGUAUAUGGCCAACGGAGUGAAGAUAUCCCAACCCAGAAGUGGCAUUACGUUGGUCGAAAGCGAUUACGGUGUCGAGGUUGAGUGGAACAACGUUCAUAAUGUGAGAGUGACUGUGUUUGGUCGGUACCUGAACAGAACAUCUGGUUUAUGUGGAACAUACAAUCGAUAUCGCGGAGAUGAUUUCUUGAUGUCAAAUGGUACAACAACAGACAAUGAAGUAGAAUUUGGCAAUUCUUGGAAAACUGACCCUAGCUGUGAAGAUGCAACAUUUGUUGAUCAUCCUUGUACAACAAAUCCUGACAGAAAUGCAACUGCAAGAGCCAACUGUUCAGCUCUACGCGAUUCUCCAUUUGAUAAAUGCUCAAGUUAUAUCAACCCAGACGCAGAGGGUUAUAUUAGCGAUUGUGAAUAUGAUGUUUGUGCUUGUGAUGAUCAUCCAACUGUUUGUUUAUGUCAAGCAAUAGAGGCGUAUGUAGAUGACUGUGCCUCGUAUGGAGUGAAUAUUACCUGGUUGAGUUAUCCUCAAUAUCAGCAAUGUACUACUCCUUGUGCUAGUGAUCCUUGUUUCAAUGGUGGUACUUGUACAAAUAUUCAUAGUAACUUUUCGUGUUCAUGUCCUGUCGGGUUUACUGGUCACCGCUGUGAAAUGGAAGUUGAUGAUUGUGAUGAUCUAUCUUGUGGUGAAAAUGAAGUUUGUGUCAGAGUUGGAGAUACGUUUGAUUGCGUUUGUCAUCAAGAUUAUACAGGAGAUGAUUGUAAACAAAAAGUCGAAGCGACGUGUGUAACUUAUGGAGAUCCUCAUUAUAGAACGUUCGAUGGAAAACGUUUCGACUUCAUGGGUAAAUGCGAAUAUGUUCUGGCUAAAGACAGAGUAAACAACACAUUUGAAAUAAGACAAGAAAAUGAACCUUGUGGAAAUGGACUAGUAACAUGUACAAAAUCAAUAACAGUCAUCUUUCCGGGUUUAACUAUCAAACUUCAGAGAGGAAUGACUAAUGUGAAUGGUGGAGAGAUCAGCUCGUCGACAAACUACGGGGCUGUAAACGUUACAAUUCAUGGCAAUGGUAGGACCGUCGUGACAAGUGAUUAUGGUGUAACUGUGUUUUGGAACAAUGUUUAUAAUGUUCGAGUAACAAUCGCAGGUCGAUACGUGAACCGAACAUCAGGUUUAUGUGGUACUUAUAACAAAAUGAAAUAUGAUGAUUUCUGGACACCUUACGGUACCAUCGUAGGUGAUCCAGUAGAGUUUGGAAAUUCUUGGAAAGUCGAUCCUACAUGUGAAAAUGCAACUACAGUGGACCACCCAUGUGACGCCAAUGCAGAGAGAAGAUUGAUAGCACGAGAGAAUUGUUCAGCAUUACUCAAGCCACCCUUCAGUAAUUGUUCCAGUUAUAUCAAUGCAACUGAAGAAGGAUAUAUUUCAGAUUGUGAAUAUGAUAUGUGUGCUUGUGAAGAUGAUUCUGUUGCUUGUUAUUGUCAAGCGCUUCAAACGUAUGCUGAUGAUUGCUCUUCCGACGUCAAAAUAACGUGGAUGAAUUUAGAGCAAUUUGCCAUUUGCAACACGCCGUGCGCAAGUGCUCCAUGUUAUAAUGGCGGAACGUGUACAGACAUUGAUUCUUCGUCAUUUGAAUGUAGAUGUCCUGCCGGAUAUAUUGGUGCCCGAUGUGAGAACAAAGAUCUUUGCCAAAUACCAUAUUUAUUCUUGUCAACAUCAUCGGGAACAGUGUCUUAUAAUACAGAAAACUCCACAAGUAUCCCAAUGAAGGUUGACGAUAGAGUUGGCGCCUUAUUGUCAUAUGAUGCUAUCAACAGACGGUUAUAUCUCUAUGUUAAUGGUGAAGGAAUCACAAGUUAUUAUUUAGAUGGUUCUGAUGAGAUGACAACAAACAUCGGAAAUGUGAAGUUAUUCACUGUCAAUGGAAGAAACAAUUUGAUGUAUUACUACCAUGAACUGCAUAGUAGAAUAUAUGUGUAUAAUAUUACUGGUGAUCAAUUGCCAGCGAUUGAAGUUGAUGCUCUCAAAGAUAUAUCUAGUGUAAAAGAUCUGGAAAUGGACACAACAAAUGGUUACCUCUACAUAGCAAGAGCAGGUGAUCCUCCAAUCGUACGUUAUAACCCAGCAGAUAACACAAUAAUGGAGUUCAAUUUUGAUGGUUCAGCGCAGUCAAUUUCUGUGGAUGAGUACAAUAACGUCAUUUACUGGGCAAACUAUGAUGGAAUCAAUCACAAUGUUAUGAAAACUAGUCUCAAUAAGCAAACAAUUGGUUUAAACAUUAGUUAUCCUGGGGCGGUUGAAUUGACGUCUGAUGUUCUAAAUUUGUAUGUCUUGGACACCAGCAGCAACCGUAUUGAUAAGUACUUGAAGACAUCGUCCGAAAAACAAGGAAAUUUUACCUAUCAUGUUACGAUAAAUGACUUGAUAAUCGCAUAUGACAAUGAUGAAUGUUGUGCUGGAAGCUUCUGUCACGUGAACUCUUCGUGUGCAAAUUCUCUUGGAAGUUUCAACUGCUCUUGCAAUGAGGGAUUUGCUGGAAAUGGCACUUAUUGUGAAGACGUCAACGAAUGCCUAAUGAGCAAUUACUGCCACGAAAAUGCUACGUGCAAAAAUAAAAUUGGGUCAUUUAAAUGUGAUUGUGAUGAAGGUUUCAUAGGAGAUGGUCGUGAUUGUAAAGCUACGAACUGCAGUCUUCUUUCUUGUGGCGAAAACGAACAGUGUGUUCGAGCAGAUGAUAUCUUUAAGUGUAUUUGCAAAGACGAUUAUGAAGAACCUGAUUGCCGUUUAGUAAAAGCCACCUGCAAUGCUCGAGGUGAUCCACACUACUCCACCUUUGAUGGAAAACUCUUUGAUUUCAUGGGAAGAUGCGAAUAUGUUCUGGCUAAGGACAGUGUGAACAACACAUUUGAAAUAAGACAAGUAAAUGAAGAAUGUGGAAAUGGUGAACCUUCCUGUACAAAAUCACUGACAGUGAUGUUCCCAAAUGUGACAAUUCAACUUCUGCGGGGAAGUGUGACAGCGAAUGGCAUGACAAUCUCAUUAUCAACAAUGUAUAUGGCCAACGGAGUGAAGAUAUCCCAACCCAGAAGUGGCAUUACGUUGGUCGAAAGCGAUUACGGUGUCGAAGUUGAGUGGAACAACGUUCAUAAUGUGAGAGUGACUGUGUUUGGUCGGUACCUGAACAGAACAUCUGGUUUAUGUGGAACAUACAAUCGAUAUGGCGGAGAUGAUUUCUUUAUGUCAAAUGGUACAAUAACAGAUAGUGAAAUAGAAUUUGGCAAUUCUUGGAAAACUGACCCUAACUGUGAAGAUGCAACAUUUGUUGAUCAUCCUU